ACCCGUAGUGGAGUUGGCAGGGAAUGACAUGACCCGCGCUUAUACGUUACGCGAUGUCGAUAUUUGGUCAACUUUAACUCUCGAUAUAUGAUUGUAUACCCUUCUCCUCAAUCCUAAAGAAUCAUCUUCUAUUCGCUGUUCUUCUACUUCCUCUUACUUUUUCAUCCAAUUAUCGCACCCAAUUCAAACACCAUGUCUCAGACUGUUGUUCUCAAAGUUGCCAUGUCAUGCUCAGGUUGCUCAGGGGCGGUGAAGCGAGUUCUGGACAAAACGGAAGGGGUUGAAUCAUAUGACAUCAAUAUGGAGGAACAGAAGGUGACUGUUAAGUGCAAUUUACAGCCAGAAGCUGUUCUGCAGAUUGUUUCAAAAACUGGAAAGAAAACCUCCUUCUUUGAAGACGCAGCAACAGCAGCAGCACCAGCAGCACCAGCUGAACCAGAAACGAAGUCCACAGAAACUGAAACAAAGCUAACCGAAGAAGUUGCUGCUCCUUGAUAGAGAUGGUUCCAUGGGGUAUAACCAUGUAUAAAACUUAAAACUCGCUAUUUUGUAAGUUCAAUGUUCCUGGACACUGGAUCUUCCUAGAUCUGUAAGCAAUAACUUCAACUGUGGUUUCCUCUGCAGUUCUGCUCCUGUAUCACUUGACUAAGUGUUUGAAUUAAAACAUCUUUCGUACUA